AUGGCAUCAGGUCUAUGGGAAUUCAUUGUCGUCGGAGGCGGUCCGGCUGGCUGUAGCAUCGCUUCUUCCCUAUCUCGCUCCCCCAAACGUCCCCAAGUCCUCCUGGUUGAGGCUGGAUCGCGACGUGACGAGAAACUCCUCAGAGUCGACGGUCAGCGGUGGGGCACCUACCGAAACGCAGCCAUCAAUUGGGCCUAUACAACAGUGCCUCAAAAGCACUGCAAUGGACGUCAAAUUGACUACUCUCGCGGCAAGACACUGGGAGGAAGCACUGCUAUCAAUUUUUGCAUUUACGCCUUUGGCGCUCGUGAUGAUUACAACCAGUGGGCAAAUGUCGUAAAUGACGAUAUCUUUAAAUGGAACCGUAUCCAGGCACGUUUUAAGAAUUUGGAGACGUUCAGUGGGGCUAUAUCUGAUCCUGCGCAUACGAAAUAUGCAUCACCCCGGGCAGAAGAUCAUGGGAGCAGUGGCGCUUUGCAUGUGGGAUAUGCGCCGGAAUGGGAGAAGGAUUUGCCGCUGCUGAUAGAUGCUUUUACGCAAGCCGGUUUGCCCCAUGGUACAGAUCAUAAUUCUGGGAAUCCAAUUGGGUUGACACUGGCUAUUAACACUGCUCAUCGGGGAGUGAGAGUGAUGGCAACAGACCUGCUGGAGGACGCGCCUGAUAACUUGACGAUUUUAACUGACUCUCCGGUGCAAAGAGUGCUGCUGCAGGGCAAGAAAGCUGUUGGCGUGGAGUCUUUGGGAAGAAAAUUCAUGGCAUCAAAGGAAGUCAUCCUCUCCGCCGGCACGCUGGACACCCCAAAAGUUUUGAUGCACUCGGGCAUUGGACCAGCUGAACAACUUCAAAAGUUCCAAAUCCCAGUCAUACAGCACCUCCCUGCCGUUGGCCAAGGACUGCGAGACCAUCUCUGUGCCUCACUAACCUACCAACGCAACCCAAACACCAAUGACCGCAACACCUUCUUCAAAGACCCCUCUGCUAUGGAAAACGCCAUGGGCGAAUGGAAGGAAAGUGGGAAGGGGCCAUGGGCACGCCACUCAUGCCAGCUGGGAAUUGGCUGGUUCAAAUCAGACAUCGUCCCAAACAUGCCAGAAUUUAAAGCCCUCCCAGCUUCUGUGCAAGAGUUCCUCCACCGUCCUACCAUCCCACACUAUGAGAUCGUCCCAAACUUCCCGCUACACAUAUUCAUGCCCGAAGCAGUGAAGGAUUACAGCUACACCUGCGUGACAGCGUUUCUAAUGAACCCGCAAUCCCGCGGCGAGGUCCGACUGCAAUCCUCCAACCCCGAAGAGCCUCUUCUCUUUGACCCCAAGUUCCUAUCUCACCCCUAUGACCGCGCCACAUGUAUCGCGAUUCUUCGACACCUCCUCGACAUCUGCAAGCAUCCAGCCUUCCAAAAGGAUACCGUCUCCACGCUCAUGGCACCUCCGUCGGAUUCAGACGAGGAUCUCCUCGAGUACUGGAGAGCCAACCUCUUUUCUGUCUGA